CCCCGGAAGAAGUCGCACGGUCCUUAAAUGACAAACUUUCCGUGUUCGUUUUUUGAAAGUAAUGCAAACAUUUCCGAGCACGUUUGAGCAAAAUAAUGACGCCCUGUCGGCAGGGCGCCGAGAAGGACGGCUACAGCGAGCAGAACCUGGUGGACGGCAGCAUCGCGGCGCGCGCGGACUUGCCGUCGGCCUGCCGCCUCAUGUGGUUCGUGGAGCCCAUGGCGUGGAUGCAGCGCGUCGCGCACGACGCGCACGGGAAGCUGCUGUGCCCCAAGUGCAGCACCAAGAUCGGCUCCUUCAGCUGGGUCAUGGGCUGCAAGUGCCCGUGCGGGCAGAAAGUAGCUCCUGCCUUCUACUUAGUACCUUCCAAAGUGGAGUGGUCCAAUAUAGUACAAAACGUACAAAUCACCUUGUGAACAGAAGACAAAUAAUUCGAAUAACGUGUGGCUAUAAUUAUCUAGAUUGUAUGAGGAAGUCUUACGGCAAGAUCCAAGAGUCCGCCUUCCCUAUGCGGUUUCAACUUGAAUUGGGCGUUAACUUGGUUUCUAAAAACCGCCAGUCUAUCGUGACCCAUCCCAUGCGAGGGCUUUGCUUCAUGCAGCGGGCACCUUAAGUGUGUACCUUUAUCUUCGCUAGCUUAUAACUACAAUCUCUGACCAUCUGAUGCUUGAAAAUGGUUAAAAAUAGAGACAAGCUAUGAGGAAAGGAAGAACUGAAUUUUGUUUCAAGGGUAAAAAAAGGUAAAGUAUAUUGUAAUAUAAAUAAUAUUUAGAAUGGGAUUAUUGUUUAUUUGUAUUUCGAAAAUAAUGCAAAACUUAAAUAUGUUGUAUGACUAUAAUGUUAGA